UUCACUGUUUGCCUCUUCUCUGCAUCUCUCUCUCUCUCUCUCUCCCCCUCUCUCACACACACACACAAUCAACACAGUUUCUUCGUUCAACGGAUCUUUCCUCAUAUGCUAUCCCUUUUCCAUAACCAUAAUAGUAGUAAACAAUAAACAAUAAUUAUUGCAUAGCAAUACCACCACCUAGUUAUUCAUACAAGCUUAUCAAUUUCACCUCUCCCUCUCUCUACACAGUCUACACCAACCCAACAACCUCCUACUUCAUUAUUAAUUGUGAUGCCUAUGCUCACUUGUUCAACUGGUUUUGGUUGAGAGUGGCAGCAUAGAUUUUGAGAUGAUAAAGGAUGAGGAAAAGGAUGGGGCUCCAGGUGGAAAUUGGAGAACAUACUCGCGUUCAGUAUCAUGGACUGAACGCCCACCGAGAACCUCUACUUCCUCUACUUCCAAGCCACAAUGGAACAGCAAAGCGCGCUCUUGUUUGCCGCCACUCCAGCCUCUUUCUAUCAUCCGUCCGAGCGUAGAGGAAUGGCCUAGAGCUGGUUCUGAUGAUCUUGGCGUGUGGCCUAAUAAUCCUCCUACGCCUGGUGGGAAGCCUCGUGGAUCAGAGACUCCUCGUGAGAGCUCAAAUUCUGAUCAACCUCCUACAGAAUUUGAGUUUAGAAAGGACAAGCUUGCUUUCUUCAAUAAGGAAUGUUCGAGGAUUCUUGAUCACAUCUAUUUAGGGAGUGAUGCAAUUGCCAAGAACCGUGAGAUCCUACGCCAGAAUGAGAUUACCCAUGUGCUCAACUGUGUGGGGUUUGUCUGCCCGGAGUAUUUCAAGAAUGAGCUUGUCUACAAGACUCUUUGGCUGCAGGACUGCCCGUCUGAGGAUAUCACGAGUAUUCUCUAUGAUGUGUUUGAUUAUUUUGAGGACGUUCAAGAACAACGUGGGCGUGUCCUUGUUCACUGUUUUCAGGGGGUAUCGCGGUCCGCUUCAUUGGUGAUUGCUUAUCUCAUGUGGAAGGAGGGGCAGAGCUUUGAUGAUGCAUUCCAGCACGUCAAGGCAGCCAGAGGAGUGACUAAUCCAAAUGUGGGAUUUGCCUGUCAACUUUUGCAGUGCCAGAAGCGUGUGCACGCACUGCCUGCAAGCCCAACUUCUCUUCUUAGGAUGUACCGAAUGGCACCACACUCGCCAUAUGAUCCCCUACACCUUGUGCCUAAACUGUUGUCUGAACCAGGUGCAGAUAAGCUCGACUCUCGAGGAGCAUUCAUUAUUCAAAUUCCUUCAGCUUUGUAUGUCUGGACUGGGAAGCACUGCCCUGCAAUGAUGUCAGAUAAUGCCAGGGCAGCUACCUCGCAAGUUAUACGCUAUGAGAGAGCCCAGGGUCCAGUUAUAACUAUCAGAGAAGGGGAAGAGACAUUUGAGUUUUGGGAUGCCCUCACUUACAGAACGAGUUCGACAGAUGGAUGUGAAGCCAAGUCCGAGGAGGUAAAGAGCUCAUCUUCAGGGUCUCACUCAAUGAUGGAGUUAAAUCCUCCUGGUCUUGAUCAAAGGAAACUUGCUGAGUACGAUUUAGAUUUUGAAAUCUUUAAUGGAGCGUUGGCUGGUGGUGUGGUACCACCGUGUCCAUUAUCAGGAGCAGAAACAGAGACAUGUCUUCCUGCCCGAGAGACUGGUUGGAACAGAUUCAGAAGAAAAUUCGCUAGUGGUGUCGUCAAAGAGCUUAUGACCUCAUCUAAGUUGAUUUCUUGUAAAUUUGCCUUACCGAAAUGUGAUGGGAUGCUGACAAUGGACACGUGUAAAGAAGCAGAUGACUUUGUCUCACCUGUCAAUCCUUCAACGUCUACCAGUGAGUGUGAUUCACCAGAUUCACUUUCUUCAUAUGUAGCAAUGAGGCCACCAUGCAGUAAGAAUAAUCUGGCAGAAGUGGCAUCUCCUGCCCCUCUUUCUGAUUGUUCACUGUCACGAUCACCAUCAUUCAGCUUGGUGGAAUCUUUUUCGUCUUUUCUUGUCAAUAAAUCUACGUCCAGUUCCUCGUCACCAUCUCUCUCACCUUCAACAUCUUAUUAUGCAAGUUCAUUUACCUUUUCUCCUUCAUCAUCUAAUUGGUCUGACCUAUCACAUGUUUCUGCUCAGCCAUCACCGAGUGGACUUGAAUGCAGUGACUUUGAUCCUAGCAAGAGCCCCCCUUCAGAGGAAACUGUUGGUCCUGCUGAUGGUGAAAGUACGUAUUUAGUUGAUAAUGCAACUUCACCUCCAGAAAAAGAGGCAAAUUCUGCCAACCUUGCCUCGAGAGUGGAUGGUUCAAGGUCUUCCUGUAAAGAAACUUGGCCCUCCCAUUUGGGGCAUCGAGGAAGCAAUAUUCCUCCAAAGAUGAGCUUACCUUCCCAUUAUGAAGCUUCACGAAAUUUGAAUAGACAUUUGGAAGAUGACAUUAUGAGAAAUGCUGAUGCAGAUUCUGAUCGCAGCUUCAAAAGUGGUGUGUCUUUUCAAAUGGACGGGAAAGAUCUGCUUUCAGAUUCAAACAGCUAUAUGGCUGAGGAUGAAGUCUCGAGUAGAUUACUAGGCAGAGAGAAGUAUGACGAGGUUCAUCUUGCAUCAGAUGAUAUAGGUAAUAAAGAAACUGGCACUGAUAACCUACUAUUCUACGAGUGGCCCUCCAUGCUUAAAAUGGACACGCAUCACGGCAGACUUGAUUCUGGAUCCAUAUAUGUCAUACUUAUGCCGGCAGUACAUUUUGGCAACAACAACGUUGAUAUUUUAUAUGUAUGGAUAGGGCGUAAUGCGUCAUCAAGAGGAAGCUAUAGUCAGUUGAUCAGGAAUGAUGGCAAAUGUGAAGAUAGUAAUGCCAUUGUGGAACUGGUAGAUCGUAAUCUUCUCAUUCAGAAGGGUUUUAGCACAAAUGCUCAAAUUAAGAUAGUCAAGGAAGGCGAGGAACCAGUGGAGCUCCUUGAGCAUAUGAGUCGUCUCUCGCUAAACAAGGAUGCAGAUGACGGGAAAGAGUAGUUCAGGAGAUACGGAUAGUAGUAUCUGUUUAUUUUUGGACUUACUUGCUGCAGCUCCAAGGAGUUGCGCGUUGGCAUCCCAAAGCAGGCCAAGGUGUUGUCGACUCUGCUGGUGAGAUGAAAGGCGAAAAUCUUGUUUGAAACUUAGAAGAGAAUGUACAGGAAAUAAUCUUCUGAAUUUUAAGGUUAGGAAAUACAAGUAAAGUGUUCAAAAUUGCUCUGCAUUAUCACCACCAAAGGUGUUACAUUUCCCAGUUACAUCAAUGCAGCAGUUUGGUUGUAUCUUUUCCACU